UAUUACUCCCAGAAAUCAAACAAAUUACUCUCUUCUUCUGCACUUUACUUUUUUUCUUCACUCCUCUUCCGUUUUCUCUCACUAACCUCAUUUCUCCGUCGGCAAACCCUAAAGCCCAUUCAUUUUGUUCGCCGGCGACUAAUUUACCGGCCCGGCCCGGCCCGAAAUAUUCGACCCGAACCGCGCGUGGUUACUGUUUUCUCUGGAGAGAGAGAGAGAAGGGGGUGGUGGUGGAAAUGUACAAGAACCAGCUUCAAGAGCUGGCCCAGCGGAGCUGCUUCAACCUGCCUUCGUACGCGUGCAUUCGAGAAGGUCCCGAUCACGCGCCGAGGUUCAAGGCCACCGUCAACUUUAACGGCGAGAUCUUCGAGAGCCCUCACUACUGCUCCACUCUCCGUCAGGCCGAACACUCCGCUGCCGAAGUCGCUCUCAAUUCCCUCUCCCACCGUGGCCCCUCCCACUCCCUCGCCGCCAAGAUCCUCGAUGAGACUGGAGUGUACAAGAACCUUCUACAGGAAAUCGCGCAAAGGGUAGGAGCUCCAUUGCCUCAUUACACAACGUACAGGUCAGGCUUAGGACAUUUACCUGUUUUUACCGGGAUAGUAGAACUGGCUGGAAUCACGUUUACUGGUGAACCUGCCAAGAAUAAGAAACAAGCUGAGAAAAAUGCAGCUAUGGCAGCUUGGUCCGCUUUAAAACAAUUGGCGAAAGAGACUGCAAGCUCCUCAACUGAACCAGAGAACAAUGACGAACUGGAACAGAUUACAAUAGCGCGGGCUUUACUGAACUACCGUUUGAAGGAAAAGAUGGCUAUGUCUAAUCCAAAUGCUCCCGUUUCAUUUCAUAAAAGGUUUCAGAUUCAAAAUCCAAGGCCAAUCAGUUCUCAACCGCCACCAGCCACUUCAUCAAAGAUCCUUCCCCUAAUUUGCCAGAAGACAGCACCUCGAAGUAAGCCUUCAUUGGCAACAACGGCAAAUGAAAGUCCUCGAAGCAGGCAUCCACAGGCAGCAAUGACCAGUGACAAUUCCACCCUGCCACCACAAUCUUGUUCUCUAGAAAGCCGAGCAACUCGUCCACUGAAAUUCCGUGCAGCAGGAGCAGCACCUUAUGUUCCCAUUCGACAAAUGAGACCAUCUUGCCAGCGGAUUGCACCUCCGGUAACUAUAAGGACAGUUGUACCUGCAUUUGCCACACCACCUUGUCCACCACCUGCCUCAGUGCCCCAUCCUGCUAUACGGGCUCCUCCAGUACGAGUUGCUCCUCCAGUCACUAUUCGGCAAGCUGUUCCUGUAUAUGCUGCUCCACCUUCAAAAAAGAAUGAACCUGCUGCUGUACAACAAAAAGAUCUACCAACUGCUGGUGCCUCUGGUCAGCAAGACAAACUGCCCGUUAAAAUUCAGGAGAUGGACAAGGCUGAGAACAUUCCACCAGAAUCAGAGACUAUGCGUAGUUUGGAGCAGCUGAGAAUUUGAAAUUUAUUGGAGUAGGUCUAAUCCAUGGUAACGCUGUCAUGUUUUUGUACUUGAUCCUAUGAUGAGUGAUGUUAAAUCAUCGAUUCCUUUUUCUUUACCCCAUUUUGUCCUGUUAAAUGUGUGACAGUUGGCGCAGGUUGAUUAGCAUCAGCAGUUCAAUAUAUGUGAAAUUCAAGAGCAGUUUGUCAUUCGAUUUA